GGAAGGUGUGAAAAGGUUCGAGUCGGUUGUUUGCGCUUUUUUGUUAUUCCCCUGAGCCACACUUUGGCCGACAACGCCUCUGUCUGUCUUUUUCUGAGUUUCUUUUUGCAUUUUUUUGGCUUUGCUUUUGAACUCCUUAUCCGUAUUUUGCCUUUCCUUUCAACUCUUUCUUUUCCCUUUGCCGCGAACCCUCCCCACAAUCACCCAUUCAUCUAUUCAUCCAUUCCACCAUGACUUUUUCACGAAUAGAAGCCGCCAUGGAAGACGCCUUUGUCGAAUGGGUGAACACAUUUGAAUGCAAGUCUUGUUCAAUAGAUACAGUGGUGGCCCUUGCGGAUGGCGUGGUUUUGUCUGAAAUUCUAGCCGACAUCGAUUCUAAAUGGUUCAAACAGAUCACGGCAUCAGAAACAAGCAACUGGGUGGUCCGCUUUAACAAUCAAAAGAAACUGCACAAGUUGAUUUUGCGUUAUUUCGAGGAAAUUUUAGGGCAGGACCCUGAACUACUUCCUCCUGUCAAUUUAACGGCGAUUGCCAAAGACGCCGAUCUUCACGAACUGUUACUCAUGUGCCAGCUUGUCAUUGCUAUUGCGGUUCAAUCCGAUAACAAUCGCCGUUAUAUUGAAAUGAUCCAAAGCCUAACCCAGAAGAGUCAGCACGCACUCAUGGUAUCAAUAGAAGAGGUGAUGAAUUAUUUCAAUGCCGAUGGAGACGGCAACCGUAUGUCUCAACUUUCCGGGACAUCGGGUACCACAAGUUCGCGAAGUUUCCAUCUAGACAUCUCUGACAUGCCUUAUCGAUAUCAGAUCGAAUUCGAGAAACUUUUGGCUGACAGAAAGCAAUACGAAACUUCGCAUCAUCAUUUGCUUACAGAAUAUGAUCAGCUAAACGAGCGAUUUAACUAUUGGCCGAAAAAGAAGAUUUGAAGUCGCGCCUGCGAGACAUGGAUGAAGCCAUCACGCAAGCCAAUAACACGGGUCGAGCCGAU